CACAGGUAUUUUAUUGGAGUAUUAUUGUUAAAUCACGAGCACUCGUCCGUACGUACCCGUGGCCAGUGAUUCAUCUUCGAUGGCCGAUUAAUCCUCCGGCGGUCGAUUCCCCGCCACAAAUCUGCUCACUGCCCCCACCCAGCCGGAGAAUCAUCUGUCCGCCGGCCAUCAUCAUAUGGCGGAGGACGACGAUGAUGAGACGUUCGGAGAUUUCGCCUUCGCUCCUUUCCAAUCCACUUCCAAAUCCACCGCUCCCAUUUCUUCCGCCGCCGACGAUUGGGGUGAUUUCUUGACUUCCCCGCAGCAAUCGCAGCACUCCGAUCCACCGGCGCCGGAUAAGUCUGCGACAUGGACGAAGCCGCGCGGCGCUUUGCCGCUUUCGAUAUUUGGGGGUGUUGAGGAGGAGGAGGAAGAGAAGGGGGUUUCAGGAGUUGCUUGGGGUUUGGAUCAACGGGAGAGCGGCGUGAAUGGAGGUGGGGACUUCAAUUCGAAUUUGGGAGGUAAGGAUGUGCCUAAUUCUCGGAAUAUCGACAUUGCCGAUCUGUACAAUCGGUAUCCACAGACGGAUUCCGCCGGCGCGGCUGCUUCGGUUGGUGCAGAAGUUUCUUUCCGAUCGAAUCAGAACGCGUCUGGUUCGGCAGUUACUGAGCUGAAUGAUAAGGGAAGGCAAGAAGGUCAGACAAACAAUGGAAACAGGGAUGAAGACCUCUUUGGCAGUUGGAGUCAGGGAUUUUAUGGAGCUAAAUCGAAUUUGAACGCGAGAUCUCCAAAUAUGGAGAUGUCUAAUGCAGAUUCAGGAAUUCGGGAGAAGAAUCAACAACAGGAUGGUUUCAACGACGGUGGUGAUGAUGAAUGGGAAUUCAUGGAUGCAGAUAGUGAAAAAGUCAAUAAGAAUGAAAUGUCAAAUGGAAGUGUUCCUUUUUCUGCGAAUGUAACUGAUUCGAGCAAAUCACAUGAUCUGUUUGGGGCUUCGAAUGGAUCAUCGAAUUUCUUUUCACAACCCACUGAAUCGGUUGAUUAUUUUGCUAGCUCAAGUGGUAUUUCAGCCUUACCAAUAGAAAUGAAUUUCUUUGGUGAUCAGAAGGGGGCAGUCGCUUCUCCCAACGGCUGGACUUCUGAUGCAAAAUCAAUUAUUGAACCAACGGCGAUUGGCAGUGAGAUAAACCAAAGUCCUGGUGUUGUAAUCGAAGACUUUGAUGAAGAUUUUGGGGAGUUUACGGGGGCCUCUGCAGAUAUUGACUUAAAGUCAGAGUUACUUCAGGAAGUAUCUACAAAUGAUGUUUUUUCCCCAUCUAAAGGUGCGGAAGCAUUAAUACCUGAUGGGAAAAUGCAGGUUGACUUCAUGGUGCCUGAAGUUUCUAAAAGAAAUGUGAAUUCGUCAGGAAGUGUUGUAUUUGGGGAUUCAAAUGGAUCAAUUGAUUUAUUUGCGACUUCAGCUAAACCAGUUGAUUUUUUUGCAACCUCAAGUAGUGUUUCUAGCACUUCCAAAGAAGUGGAUUUGUUUGGCCUUGAGUCAACAGCCCCAACUGGUUAUAAUUCUUACACAAAUUCGAACAUUGAACAAAUAAAAGUGAAUGAUACACCCAACCAUGCUGUGGACUUCGACGCUGCAGACACAGAUGAAGAUUUUGGAGACUUCACUGCUGCAGCCGCAGAAACUGGACUGAAACUGGGGGUUUAUGAAGCUGCUGAAAGCUCAAACUCAUUUAUGAGUCCUAGCAACUCAAAGGAAUCGGUUGAUGUAUUUAAGAUGUCAAAUGAAAAAGCAGAUUUUUUUGGAAUGCCAUCAAAAUCUGAUGAUUGUUUUGCUCCCUCAAACGGUAUUUAUAGGACUUCCCAAGAAGUAGAUUUGAGUGGUGUCCAUAAAAACUCAGAAAUUGCUAAUGGUUUUACUCCCGGAAAAAAUACAACUGUUGAGCAUAUUGACAGUACAUUAAACCAUAGCCCAGAUGUUAAAGAUUUAGAAUUUGACGAUGAUUUUGGAGAUUUUACUGCUGCUGACACUGGAUCAGUGACAAUGGAGAACAAUACGAAGUUAAAGAGUCAAAAGGGUGCAAUUCCACUGUCCAUUUUUGGUGGUGAUGAGUACGAAGAUGAAGAAUCACAAAGGGAGGGGUCUUUGGAUGUUCAAGAUGUAUUCAAAAAUCAAUCUAGUUCUGAUCAAAGAAAUAGUCAUACAUCGUCACCAGUAUUUUCUAUUAAUGAUCUGAUAUCAAGUUUGUACAGUCAAGCAGAGGAGGCAUCUUCUAUGAAUGCUCUCGAAAAACCCACAGACACUGAGGAAAGCCUCUCAAAUUCAGUUUCCAGUUCCAAUGUUAACCAUAUUGAGGGUGGUGUGUGGGAUUUCAACGAUGCCCCUCAAACAAGAGGUGACAGUGAGGCAUUUCUUAAUGUCGUAGAAGGUGCACACCUGGACGACUCAUCACAGAUGAAAUUUAAGAACUAUUUGGAUUUCUACCAUAAGUUAGCGGAAGAAUUGUGCUUCGUCAUUAACCGGCACAUUGAAAACCUAUGGGAUGCUGGAGACAGUGCUUCUAUUUCCGGUGGAGAUACAAGAGCUGCAUCUCUCGAGAUUGAAUUUCAGAUGGUCUCCAAGGAGCUUGAACAACUGAACCUUCCGGUUGAAGAAAGCACACCACCCGAUUAUCCAUCAGACGAAAGGCUGAGGAAGUUUGUAGAAGUUUUGCUGAAGCCACAGUUUCAAAUAUUGGAAUCGGAAUAUAACUUAUCAAGCAAACUGUUGCUAGCGGAGAAGGACACGGCAUCAGCCAUGGAACUUAUUAAACACGCAACAACAAUGCUUAAGAUUUUGUCAAUGGGAACAGUGGAGGACCGGAAGGUAUAUUUCUCGGUAUGGAACCAAAUGAUUCAUGCUUGCGCUCAAGAAUUAAAACAUGGAGCCUUGAUCUGGAACCAAGCAGCAGCGAAACAAGUUCAGAGUCAAUUACUGUCCGAAUCUAAAGGAAGCGAGUACAUUUUAGGCCUGGGCGAAAUCUACAAAGCGGUUGCAGUUCUCGGUGCUUCAUCCCGACUUUACAAGCCGUGGACAUUCUCUCAUGCAGCGGAUUUUCCCGACGUCUACACUCUUGUAGACGAAUGUCUUGCUAUGUGGUUGUCCUCUGGCCUCGAAGAAGCUCUUUCAAGUGUUUCUCCAUCCUCGUCGUCCUCCGCCAAACUCAUCGUCAGUCUCGACAACCUCGCGCUUCAAAAGUAUGUUUACUCAAAAACGGAACCCUCUUGCCAGAUAUCGCUCCUGUCUGCAGAUGCAGUGCCAGGUGCGACGAUCGUUGUGUGGGAUGACCAACGCUGCAUGGUAAAGCUCGUGAAUCUCUGGGCGAACCUGGUAAGCAGAAAUCCUCCCGAUUUGCCGCAGCAGCUAAUACACAGUUCCUGAUGGCUCGGCGAAAAGAAAAAUCAGUGGUGCCGGCGCUGUGACGACAUCCAGACAUAGGUACGCAUCCUGUACAGCUUAUUAUUGCAGUUGGGGCAAUCGCACCACCCUCGACGAUUAUAUCGCCUCCACGCCGGUCGGCCGGAGGGCUGGAGGCAUUCAUCCAUGGGGAGGAAAUUGAGGUUUGCUGCCUGAGCUUGAUUAUUCAUUCUGUCCUUUUGUCUUAAUUCUUCCAAAAUUUAGUCUCUUUUAUCUUUUCUUGUUAGGUUAUAUAUAUGUAUGUAUGCAUAGAUCCAUAUGUGUUUGUGUUAUGUUUUUAUCUAUUACACACAUAUAUAUAUAUAUAUAUAUAGAGAGAGAGAGAGAGAGAGAGAGAGAGAGAGAGAGAGAGAGAGAGAGAGGAGAGGAGUGAGAGAGAUGGGGUUGUUUGUUGUGUGUAUUUUUCAAGUUUUGGGUAAAUUGUAUAUUCUUUGUAUGUU